AUGGCAACGCCCACUAUGGCUACCCCUACACCGUCCUCGACGGCGUCAUCUCCAAACGCUGGGAAUACAUCCGGUAAGCCCACCCUCCCGCUAACAGCCAACGUCCUCCCCGCGCCACUAACUACCUCCAACCAUCCUUCUAACUCCCACAGCCCCAGCACAACCUCCUUGUUCAGCCCGAACUGGGACUACUCGGGCGCCGCUGCAAUGUGCGGCCCAAAUGGCACAUUACCCCUGUUCCCCGUGAAGACGCUCAAACUCGCUGCUGGAAGCGUGAUCGGGUUUGGCGCCGCGGGACAGAGUCGCGAGUUUGGGGACGAGAGUAAAGAUAUGAGCGAUUUCGACCCCAACUUCUGGAUGUACCACUCCGGUCCCGCAACAGCGUGGUUGUCGAAGGCGCCUGACGGCGUGGACUUGGGCGAAUACAUGGGGGAUGGGGAUUGGUUCAAGAUUGACGUCAAGCCGGCGUCGGACGGGCUGCAUUGGGACUACAACUCUGGCGCCCAUGUAAGCAUCAUGAAUUUUACCAUCCCCUCUGCUACUCCGCCGGGAAAAUACCUGCUUCGCGCGGAGCAUCUGAAUAUGGAGAAUGGGGGGAGUUACAAGACAACGGAGAUGUAUCAGGCCUGUGCGCAUGUGGAGAUCACGGGGACAGGGACGGGAAUUUGGUUGCCUCAGGCGCUGUGGAGGCCGUAUCAGCCUAUCGAAGAGUUGAAGAAUUGGCAGGGUGCUGGACCUAAGGCCUGGCGUGGUUGA